AUGGUGUUCGCUUUCUCAGCCCCCGUGGUCUACGACGCAUACCUUACGUCCCUCAGCUUCAAACCCUGCCACACUCACGUGUCGAUCUCGGCCGCUGUGAGCGAGUAUUUGUGCAUAUGUGUGUACGAUACGUUCCCUAGAGAGGAUCUUCCGGAUUACUCGCCAAUCUUCAUGACAUCCCACUUCGAUUCUGCUCCUUUCGCCCAUCUUAGAGGUCGAAAAGCCUACGUCCAUGAUCUCAAGUGCUGUGCU